AUACCGUGUUUUCUCUGAAGGGUCUCGCAGAACAAAGCCUUUUGCUUAACGUUCAUACGGCUUUUGCUCCCAGCCGCGAAAACGGUUCCAGAUUCAAACCACACCGCGUGCCGAGGGGGGCGGGGCUGCGAGUGCAAACAAUGCUGAGACAUGCCCGGCCCUGUCCGCCCCUCGGGGCCUUUUAGGGUUAUGCCGGGACAUUCAUCCCUAGCGUAACCGCCUCCUCCCUCGGCGCUCACCAGGGCGGCCCGGCAGCUCCGCCCCACAGCGAGCGGGAGAUUCGAAGGGAAGAGGCGGCGCCAUGGUGGAAGGCCCGUGCUGCGUGCUGUUCGCGGAGCGGCUGCGGGCGCGAGUGCGCCGGGGCCAGGCGGUGCGCAGCGCACGGGGCAGCGCUCUGCCGGCUGGGGCUCGCGCUGCGACUGCCGCAAGUGAGGAGAGAACCUCUAGUCAUGAUUUCCUUAGUGGACAAGUUUUCAGGGGUGUGGAAACAUUGGGAAAGGAAUUUUUUAUGUAUUUUGAUCAAAAAGCUUUGAGGAUUCACUUUGGUAUGAAUGGUUCCAUGCGCAUUAAUCCUGACAGAAGUAAAGACAGAAAUGGAGCAUUACCAGUUUUGGAGAUACAACUUAUAGAAGAUACUAUUUGUUUCUUUGAGGUAACAGCAGAGUAUAGAAAUGUAGCAGAGUGUGAGCAGAAAGUGAGAAUGAUGGAAAGCUUGGAUGUCUGCUCUCCAAAGUUUAGCUUCUUAAGAGCAGAAAGUGAGGUUAAGCAGCAGAAAACCCAGAUGUUAUGUGAUGUGUUACUGGAUCAAACAGUAUUACCUGGAGUUGGAAAUAUCAUAAAAAACGAAGCACUAUUUGACAGCGGUCUCCAUCCAGCUGCUAAAGUUUGCCAAUUAACAGAUGAGCAUAUACGUCACUUAGUGAAAAUGACACGUGACUUUACACUGCUUUUUUAUAAGUGCCGCAAAACUGGGUCUCCACUCUACAAACACUACAAAGUAUACAGGCGCCAAACCUGCGGUCAGUGCAAUGAGAAAAUCACUGUGUGUCGUUUAGGAGAGAAUAACAGGAUGACUUACUUCUGCUCUCGAUGUCAAAAGGCUGAUCCUCAGCUUGUCAGUGUUAGCAAACUGCCAACUAGAAAUAGCCUAAUUGGCUGGGCAUGUGGCAGGGGGUCAUGUUCUAAUGAACACAUAGCUCAGAAAUCUGAAGAAGAGUGGACGUGUAUGCGCUGCACCCUAAUAAACAAGCCUUCUGCUGAAGCUUGUGAUGCCUGUUUGACUUCAAGGCCUGAAGUGAGUUCUUCAUUGAAGACAGAGAAAGUUGAAGAUUCCACAGAUUUUAACAUAAAUCUCAUUAAAUAUCCUUGUAAUGACUUCAGAAAACCAAGCAGAGAAAUAAAGAUCAACAGAAAAGCUGCAUUUGGAACUACAACUCUUGUCCUAACAGAUCUUGGUAAUAAAGCAGUAUUGAAAGAUGAUAUCCAACUAUCUGAUGGAUGCUCUGAGUAUGUUGCUCCGAAAGGCAAUCUCAGCCAGAAUCAGAAUAAUGUCUACCACUCAGGAACAGGCAUAGACAAGUAUUGCUCAACAAAUGUAACUUCUGUGGCUUCAUCUUCCUGUCAGGAGCCUCUCUCUUUCAAGCCCGCAAAGAAGAAGCAGAAAACUCAUCACGUAUCCUCUGUUCACCAACAUAAUGUAAUGAUUGGCAAACCUCAAGUUAAUUCAGCAGAUGAUAUUCAUACACUGAGCACAGGCCCUCCUCAUUGCAGUAAACAUGGUCACCUCUGCAAACUCAGAAUUGUGAGGAAGGAUGGAGAAAACAAGGGCAGGAUGUUUUAUAGCUGUCCUCUACCCUCAGAAACUCAGUGCAACUAUUUUCAAUGGGCUGACUUGAAUUUUCCAUUUUGUCACCAUGGCAAGCGAUGCGUUAUGAAGAUGGUGCUGAAGCUUGGUCCCAAUAAUGGAAGGAACUUUUUUGUGUGCCCCUUAAGAAAGGAAAAACAGUGUGGCUUUUUUCAGUGGGCAGAAAAUAAGCCAGUUACACAGUCUACUCCUUGAUGUUAUAGUUAUUUAAGAUAUCCUAAGAAAUAGAUAAGUACAACUCUCAUUGGUCAUUUCUGUUUUGUUGUUACUUCUGUUUUUACUGUUCACUGAUUCAUCAGUCAAAUUGCUCCCAUAACUAAGUAAAAACUACAGAUUACUCUAUCCCAAUUUUAAAGAGUUCUAUAACAUUAAACACUGGAUGUAUGCUGCAUGCUAACUUGCAAUAUAUUGUGACACAUUGUUAUAUUUCCAGUCAAAUAAUUGAACCGCUUUCUAUUUUUUAUGUAAGUGUCACUGCACUAUCAGCACUGCAGAUUUUCAAGAUGAUAUGCAUUAUGGAAUGGAUAACUUAAUUGGAAUUUGUACUUGAAAUUGGUAGAGUCUUAUAAACAGGUAUUUAAUGAAUAAAAUUUACAUCCCUCUUCAA